UUACGCUCACUCCGCUCUUCACAUAUCACAUCUCUUUCUUUACAGUUAUUCAUUUUGCAGUGAUUUAUUUUUCUCCUUCAUUUUUAUUUCUCGGUUCUUGUUGAGUUUUAUCUUGAACUCUGUAAACGAUGGAGCUGAGCAGGAAAAACGUUCCACUUUAUGGUCAUGCAAGAGUGUAUUUUUUACUCCCCUCAGUAACACACUUUGAGGAGGUGUUUGUGGUUCUAGAAGGUUCCACGCUGCUGCAUGUUCUCCAGACUAAAUUCCACCGCCUGCUCUACUUCAUCACUCCAGAGUCUCUGCUGCACCUGUGUGUGCGGUUGGGGUUUGUGUGUGUGUGUGAGUUCCUCCUGUGUCAGCCUGGUGCUCUGAUGAUGAUCAAUUCAGCCAAUCAGACUGGAGACACGCCACUACACCUGGCCCAGCGGACCAAACAGCGGGAGCUGGUCAGCCUCCUCACCCACCCCCCUAACCCUCUGACCACACCCCUGGGCGGGGUCUCUCAGGUGUGGACAGGUCAGUCAGGCCUGCUGAGGUUCAGCCAUACCUUCAGCGUAAUGUCACUGUCUGUGUGUGCGUCUUCCACUCACAUCCUCCACUCAGCUGUCCAGCUGCUGACCGAGUGUGUGUCCGACUGUACACUCACACACAUGAUUAAAGAGCUCUGUGUUGGGAGCAGAGCAGGAAAUGGAGGGUCUAUAUCAACAUUUUCAGAUGAACCACAAUCAAGAGAAUCACCACGUGGUGUUGUUCGAUACAGUAAGUUUAGCAGUUCCAGUGAUGAUGAUGAUGAUGAUGGUGAUGAUGAUGAUGAUGAUGAUGAUGAUGAUGAUGAUGAAGAGCUAUUAUUACCCUUAAACUCCGGUGGAUCAGAAAAUCAGCCGAACUGCAUUGGUUCUCCUGCGUUAUUCAGCCAGAGUUUAGAAACAGAACUGAGAAGCAGAUGCAAUGAUGAGCAGCAUCACUCCAUACACAGCUCAUCUCCGAGCAGCCAAUGGGCUCUACUGACCCACAAUACAACAGACCCUGAAGACACAGAGACGACCAGUCAAAGUAAGAAGAGCAGCAAUGGAGAACUGACAUCAGAGGAAGAGAAAAAUAAACAAAUCUCUUCAUUGGACACAGAAACGGAAACGUGCCGGACUGUAAGCGUCCUGCAUAGACGAGAGGGCAGCAACACCAACCUGCAAGCCGAUCAGGAGCAGCACUCACCUGAGCAUCUGCCUGGACAGGAGUGUGAAACACCUCACACACAGAGACCCCCUAAGGACUCAAGUUUCUCUGUGUCUGAGUUUUGCUCUGACUCUGAGUCCGUGAGCUGGAGGAAUCCUCAACAACUAAAGCCUUUCAACAACUGUCCUAUCCUGCUAUAUUCCUCGAGCCAGAGUUCUCCAGCUCUGUUUGUCAGUCACAACAAUACUGAGACUUGCAGAAGGCGCAGUAACAGUGAGGGGUGUGGUCAUGAGGUCACUGUGAGGAAAUCCUGGUCUCUGAUUGGAGAUUCCACUUCAAGUCUGCUGACCCAUAGCUCAGCUCCUGCCCCGCUGGACUACACAGCAGAAUCCUGGAGUGCUUUGGUGGAUGCUGAGUUUCUGAACAUGCUGGACAGAGGAGUGGUCAAGAGACAGGAGGUUAUCUAUGAGCUGAUGCAGACGGAGUUUCAUCACGUGCAGACACUGAUGGUGAUGGCAGGGGUCUUGAGGCGGGGCUUACUGGAAGAAGUGCAACUGGAGGAGGAUGUGAUUGGUCAAAUUUUCCCCAGUCUGGAUGACCUCAUCACGCUCCACAGAAACUUCCUAGCUGCUAUGGAGAUGAGGAGGCGGAGCUCCAGCUCUGCAGAAAACUGCAAAAACUACAAAAAAUACAUCAUUCAGCGAAUCGGGGAUGUUCUACUGCAGCAGUUCUGUGGGUGUGUAGGAGAUCAGGUGACAGGGCUGUAUGGAGAUUUCUGCAGUAAACACUCCGACGCUCUCAGAAUUUACAAACAGCUUCAGCAAAACAACCGGAAGCUGCAGCUGUUCAUCAGACAGCAGAGCAGCAAUUCUGUCAUUAAGCGGAGAGAAAUCCCAGAAUUCCUGUUGCUGAUCACUCAGAGGAUCACUAAAUACCCCGUCCUGGUGGAAAGACUGCUGCACUGCACUGACGAGGGCACUGUGGAGCAGCGUGACGUUGCUGCGGCACUGGAGGGUCUGAGGGGGGUGUUGGCAGGCGUAGAGCUGCACGUGUCCAAGGUCCAGCGGGCACAGAAGCUGGAUGACAUCAUUGGCCGACUGGACCCGAAGAGCUGCACUCGACUGAAGAGCGGAGAAAUCUUCAGCAAGCACGCCCUCACGCACACCACACACACACUCACACACUCCGCAACGCUCACCUGCAGAACCACCUCCGGCAGACUCAGAGAAGUUCUCGGUCUUCUUCUAUCAGAUGUUCUGGUGUUUCUUCAGGAGAAAGAGCAGAAGUUCACAUUUGCUACUUUGGAGCAGAAGUCUGCUGUAGUUCCUUUAAAGGGUUUGAUCUGGAGAGAGAUAGCCAAUCAGGAGAGAGGAUUGUUCCUGAUCAGUAGUGACCCUUCCGCCGGACCGGAGAUGUAUGAGAUUCACACGAACACUCGUGAGGAGCGCAACACCUGGAUAACACACCUGCAGCAUACCACCCACAGUUUGUCUGAUGACACUGACAGGGAGCUGAAGAGUAAUGAGGAGCAGAAAAUAAAGAAAAUUCAGAAACUACAAGAGGCUGUGUUUUCUGUGGAUCUGCAGGUGUGCGCGGCUCUGGAUGAGAAGCUGUGUGUGUGCGCUGGUGGGCAGAGUGUGAGUUCUCUUCACCUGCUCAUUCAGCCACAUCACUACACACUCCAUACACACACACUGCAGGGACUCACACUACUGCAGGAUGCCCAGAGAGAGGUGGUUAAUCUGGUGGUCACUCUGACUCCGUGGUUUUCUCCUCACUGUGACUUUAAUCUGGAUGCCGAGGGACUGAGCACGCCCAGUGUGAUCUGUCCUUUAAAGCAGAUGGAUGCUGUUUUAAUGACCGCAGGAUUCCCCGUCCAGAUUCACUUACAGGAGAGAAUCCAGACCCUGAUUCAGACUCUCUACAGCCUGCAGGCUGUGGUGAUUAUUCAGGACAGUUUGUUUGAGGUUCAGAAGCUCCUCCUUCUGGAUGAUGAAGCCCCGCCCCUAUGGCUGCCCACCGACUGUGUGGAUGUGAAGAGGGCGAGUGAGGAGUGGCUGAAGGCGGUGGAGGAGAGAGAGAGAGAGCAGGAGGAGGAGAUGGAGAGAUUAGAGACGGAGUGGGCAGAGUUGGAGGCGGAGCUGCAGGAGUUUGAGGGGUGUGUUCAGACUCUGAGGGAUGAAGAAUUUAGGGUGGAGCAAGAGAGGAGGAGAGUGGAGGAGGAGAGAGAGAGCUUAGAGAGAACUCUCGGACUCACUCACCACCACCACAACAACAACAGUCGCUGACUUAGAGUCAGGGAACGCCUCUGAUCUCCAGUUAAUACAGCGGUAAUGAAUAAAACACAAUAUAUAUCAACCGUGUGGUGAACGGAGUGACAGACUGGUCAUAAUUUGUAAUGGUGUAAUCUGUAAAUUCAUGAAAUGUCCUGUAAUCUCGUCUGUAAUAACUGUAUGUGUAGUGUAAGGUCCAACUGUCCGUCUGUCUGCAUUUUCUCCUGUAUGUUGAUGAUUAAAUGAGAAAUGAAAAGCAGCGUAAUUGUAUCUGCUGAGACAAAUUCUGUUUUGGGUGGACUGUUUUUGUUAUAUCUGCGGCUGUGCUAAUAAUCAGUCUAAUAAAAGUGAACUCUGUGCUCA